GUUAGCCACGAGAUUACGGUGCUGAGUAUCGUCAUGUCAUGUGUGUGUGGUGACUGACAGUCAUUAACGUGCUCCUCGUGGGCAUGGCGGGUCUGAAUGCGCCUGUUCCAAGGUGCACCUGCGACGUCAGGAGUCUGGCUACCUGUUCCGCUGUCAAUCAGGAUUCACCCACGAGUAGAGUUGUAAGAAGUUACAGACCACAUGGAAGCCUCGCUAGGAUACUUUACGACAAGCAAAAGGCAGACGAGCUUCUCGAGGCGUACGACAAGACCCAGUGGUACAAAGUGGACAAAGCAAAAAUUCGGGAGGAUUUGCUCCGUUUAUGGAUUUCCCUCGGAACAGGAGCCCAGCAUGAUCAACCUGACAAAACUGCCGAAAUCUUCUUAAUAAAAUCCGUCGAGAGAUCGGACUCGUUACCAUUACAAGCAUGGCAUUCGUUGGCAAGAUCUGCUUUGUCUUGGUUCAUCAGCCGCACUUCCAUAAAUGGGCUGCUUGGCCGUGGUUCUAUGCACGUCUUUUCCUGCGAACAGUUUCAAAAGCUGAUGGACGCGAGCGGUUUUUCAGGGCCGUGGCGUUCCUUGAUAGAUUUAGGAGCAGGAGAUGGCGCCACCACCGCUCAUAUAGCCCACCUGUUUGAAAAAGUUUAUGCUACAGACAUAUCAGCACCGAUGAGAUGGGCCUUGGCAAAAAGGAAAUUCACGGUGCUCGACGUAGAGAAAUGGUACGAAAACGGGCCGUUCAAUGUAAUCCUCUGUUUGAACUUGUUGGACCGAUGUGAUCGACCAAAUACUCUACUUCGACGGUUGAAGUCGUCUUUAGCAUCAGGUGGCCGUCUAGUCGUAGCACUAGUGCUUCCAUUCAGCCCUUACGUAGAGGUCGGCGAAAGAGGUGACCACAAACCGUCGGAGUAUCUGCCGGUAAAAGGAAACGGACUAGAAGGUCAAAUUGCCAGCCUUGUCGAUAGAGUUUUCGCACCGUUGAGCCUAAGAUGUCUCGUAUGGAGUAAACUGCCUUACCUUUGCGAAGGGGAUCUGGGCCAAGCGUAUUACUUUCUCGACGACGUGGUGUUCGUUUUAGAGGCACAGCCCGAUAACUCUCAAUACUUUGCAUCCGAGUGGACGAAUGCAGAGCCAUCUGGGCAUAAACGCGGCGAUGUGCUCGAACAGCAGGCUGGUCACGAACGGAAAUGUUACACAGGCAAGUCACACUUGUAAAAACUUUAAUGAUUGCUGUUCAUCAGUUAGAAUUAUGCAAGAAUACAGAAGAGCAAUACUGGCAAGCGACAACGAGCUUAAUGUGCAAAUACAGCUGUAGCAUU